CCUUAUCUCUUAUUUUAAACCCUAGAGCCUAGCGGCGCUCCCUUCAUCUUUUAACCCUGUGUUGUCGCUCACCGCCAACGCUUCAUCUUCGAUCGUUGGUCUAGUAAGGUCGUCGACCAUUGAGCUAGUUCCCCUUGCACCACCCGACCACUGCCGUCAUCCUUGGGCAGUGGGUAUACGAAACCCCGCGGCUUGUUUUGUUUCCGCCACCAUCGUGGUCUGGUUCGACCAUCUAUGGUCGUUGUGUGACCGGCGUUCGUUUGGGGAAGGCCUAGUUGGCCUAAGUCGUGGAUGAAUGGCCUUGGAAAUUCUUAUCUAGAAACCGAGUUACCGCCUCCUUUGCCAUUACCCGGGAAUUUUGAACCGACUCGUUUAGACCAUGUGUUAUUGAGAUCGGAUCGAAUAUCAAUAUGCGUGUCAUUUUCAUUUCAUGUUGAGACAAAUUUUGAUAGGGGAAGUUCAGUACGUUCACUCGACAAGGUGGAUGUCACUUUUUCGGAUUCAGUUUCCUCUGUCUUUGUGGAGGACCUCACUUAUAUGGUGUGUGGGUUGGAAUUAGUGUGGUUUUGGGAACCCACUCUUCGGGGUGUGACAGGACUAGGGGCGUGUGCAUGAACAUUUGCAUAUCAUUUACAUUGUGAUUAAAAUUGAUGAUUUGGCAUAUAAAUGUUACUGUUUGUUUCGGAUUAUGCUGCGACUUAUGCUUGUUGUACUUUAGAGAUACAUUAAGUCUUGUCACUUACUCCCCCUUAGUUUCUUCUUUUAGAUUACCGAGCUAGGUGAAUUGGUAC